GUGGAGGCAGUUCCUGGUGGCGCGGCCCCGCGGCUCCCAGCUCCCGGGGACGGCGGAGCGGAAACCCGCCUCCAGCCUCCCUGGAGCCAGGAGAAAGCCCUUAGCUAGGGCGGGAGGCGAUGCGCUUCUCCCUGCGCGGCAACGCCGAGCAGCCCGCCACCCUUCAUUAGCAAUUAGCUCCUCUCCAAGUCCGUGUCCCCCACCCCCGGCAAGCACUGUCCCAUGCGCGCUGCCCCGCCGCCCGCAGCUCGCUAAGACCGCGGCUCCUCCCUGCCUUGCGGGUCGCUCUGAGCCAUGGGGAAUGGGAUGAACAAGAUUCUGCCAGGCUUGUUCAUUGGGAACUUUAAAGAUGCCCGAGAUGUAGAGCAAUUGAGUAAGAAUAACAUUACGCACAUUCUUUCAAUCCAUGACAGUGCCCGCCCUAUGCUCGAGGGAGUGAAGUAUCUGUGCAUUCCUGCUGCUGAUUCACCCUCGCAGAACUUGGCAAGGCAUUUCAGAGAGAGCAUCAAGUUUAUCCAUGAGUGCCGGCUUACAGGUGAAGGCUGCCUAGUUCACUGUCUUGCAGGUGUCUCCAGGAGUGUAACAUUGGUGGUUGCUUACAUCAUGACCAUCACAGACUUUGGUUGGGAAGAUGCACUGUCUGUUGUCCGUGCAGCGAGAUCCUGUGCCAAUCCUAACAUGGGCUUCCAGAGGCAGCUACAGGACUUUGAAAAACACGAUGUUGAUCAGUUCAGGCAGUGGCUGAAAGAAGAAUAUGGGGAAAACUCUUCUCAGGAUCUGCAAGAAGCCAAAAAUCUUCUGAGCAAAUAUAAAGAGCAGGCAGAGUUGCAGCAGAGUACUGGAGGAAGACAAUGGAAUAACAACUUCUCAUCUGUGCCAUCUCUCUCAUACAGCAACUACACAACAGAGACCUAAUCAUAGGAGGUUGAUUUUUUUUUUUUUUCUUUCUACCUUUGGAAAACAUCUUGCCAUAAUUUCCAUCCCAUCUUCAAGACUCUCAGCAGUAAUCAUACAGUUGAUUUGUUGAAAGCUUCUUGGUAAAAAUACUACAUUAUGUGUGUGUGUAUGAGUGUGUUUCACACAGUUUAUAAUUUGGGCAGGAUCGAGCGCUCUGUAUGCCCAGAGACUUGAUCCCAGUUACCGUGGCUGAGGCAGUUUGCCAGCCAGCCACAGCUAUUAUCCCCUUAUGCCCACAUUGCCUGGCAUUUGCUGUGAGGGUAGCUCAACUCCUGUCAUUGCGAGCUAGCAAAGGGCUCUGAGAGAUGAAGUCUGGUGAUUUGAGCUGUGGCAGUUUGACAUCUCUACACUAUACGUGUGGCAAAGAUGUUUUUGCAUCUGAAGAACGGAACUCAAGUCUGUGUCUCUGUUGCUCCUGUUCACAGCCCAUUGGCAAGUAGUAGCGUGGAGGUGGGCUUGAACUUGAAUGCUAGGCUGUAAAUUGGAGCAGGUGAGAUAUGGGUACAUGUACCUUUCUACCAACAGUAGCAUCUAGCAGAGAAAUGGGACAGACAGCUCUGAGUAAUAUCUUCAACUGCCACAGUUGUACUUGCUUCAGUGCACGUGAGACAGAGCUGUUGGUAGAACUGCCACAGACCAAGAGCACCGAGACUAUUACCACAGCUCAGCUGAUGUGCAGUGAUUUAAGCCGUGGUCCCUUUAUUGUGCAUCUGGUCUCCCAACAUAAGCUUGUCUGGAGAGUAGUUUAUCAGGUCUCUGGUGCCGCUGAACUUCAUUCCCUGUGGAACACGUGCCUCUUCAACACACACCCCUGCGCACAUGAUAACGUGUCUCCAAAGAGUGGGCUCUGUGUGAGCGCGAGCACCUGUUUCUUUGCUUGUGCUGUGGUUUGCUCUUUGACUUCAGCUACCUCAGAAAUGCUGUUCUUGUCAUUGUGGUUGUAAAUGCAACCUUAAAAAUUGCCUUGUGUAAUCUUAAUCUGACACUGAGUGAAGUUAAGUGUGUGUGUGGGGGUGUGUGCGAGUGUGUGUGCGUGCAUGUAUAUUUCACAAAUGUCUGUAUUUGAGAAGUUUUUCUGUUUUCUUUUAAAAUUGCCCAUAUUUCUCACUGGUUUAAAAAUUGAGUUGUUUGGAUUCAACUUUCUUCCAUUUAAAAACCACUAUAUAUUUUACUGUGAUCAGAUUUGUAGGAACGUAUUUGUAAAAUAUAUUUUAAAGUAGUUUAAAAUUAGGGGCCGUACUCUGCUUUUGAUAAUAUUGUGCGAUGCUGGAAUGGAGCCAUUGUCUGAGUCAAGUGUAUUCUAAGAGUGUAACUUAAAAUAUGUCACCAGGGAUACUGGACAGUGUGUUAAUUUCUGACUGUGUGAUGGAGGCUGGCACUGAUGCCAAGAUCAUGGUUUCUUGUCUUUGAUUCAGAGAAUGAAAGAUCUAUUUUUUCUUGAAGAUUCCAGAAAAUAGAAAAUACCUCCCAAACAGACAGAAUAUUUAAAAAAGAGAAACAAA